CAGUUUUGGCUUUGAUGCCUCUGGCAAGUGUCAGCACUCUCAGCUGUAUUCUCAUAAACUGAGACACUCUCCAAUUUCUGGCUAAGUAAAUUUUUACUACUCGGUUUAGUUGCAGCAGUUUGCUUUUCUCCCAUGUAAAAAAGUCAAGAAAUGCAGCCUCAUCUCUCUUCUGCCACACCCCUUUCUCACUCUGGAAAAGAUGAAAGAGAGAAGAAUGAAGGGUCACCACCUUGCAUAAAGUUGUCUUUAGGCUAUGUGGUUGAGGAAGAAGAAAAAGGUGUCAAUGCCAUUGCCAAGUCUGUGUUCACAACAGUCCAGUUUCAUGAACUACAGCUCCAAGCUGUGAUUUUUAAGUACAUAGUCUCUGGUCUUCCAGUUCCUUUUCAUCUCUUUUUCACCAUUUGGAAUACUGUUUCCAGCUCCUUGGGCUCUGCUGUAAUCAACAAACUUUACCCUACCUUGGGAAGAUUUGAUUACGCAAGCAUGAUGGAUCCUGAACCAGGGAGGUGCAGAAGAACUGAUGGUAAGAAAUGGAGGUGCAAAAGGGAUGUGAUUCCAGGCCAGAAGUACUGUGGGCAGCACAUGCAUAGGGGUCGUCGUUCAAGAAAGCUUGUGGAAGCUUCCGAACAUGUUAUGAAAUCAGAUGAUAUAUGUAUCACUCCCAAGAGAACUAAACUGUAUGCUAAUUCUGAUGAUCCCGGUAGCAAAUGUGCUCCUGCUAGUAGUAAAACUUCUUGUUUGUCUUCUACUAGCAGAAAUAACCAAAAUAACAGCGUCGAGGAUUCAUCUGCUAAACCAAGACCCACCAAUUCCUGCAACAGCAGUGAGAAACUAGACAACCACAUGACUUUCAAUAGAAAGGACACCACAACUUGCAUAAGAACCCAAUCUUUCAUCGCUGGUAACGACACUGAUAGCAAGAGUAUUGAUUUCAACCAUAUUAGUCCAAGCAAAACCAACCAAAAGCAGAGCUAUGGAGAUGCUAGGAAUAGUGGUGGUUUGGCUCCAGUUUUUGGUAUAUCUGCAAAGAUUGAUCUUCAACACACUACAGGCAACGCUAACUUGAGGUUUAAUUGUAACACAUGUUCAGAAACUGAACCGCAGAGGUGCAGAAGAUCAGAUGGUAAGAAAUGGAGAUGCAGCAGGAAUGCUGUUCCUCGUCAAAAGUACUGUGAGACGCACAUGCACAGAGGAGCCAAAAAGAUAAUGGCAGCCUCAGACUCGGUCAUUGUCGAGCCUUCAAAACCUUCCUCAUACAGGUUUUGCCAUCAAGUUAUACCUAAAAAUGAUGGUACUGGAAUAAACUUGAACACCAGUCUUUCCAUUUCAACACUCCCAGAUCCUCAAAACAUUACGGAAGACGAUGACUCUAACAGUAACAGUACUAGUGAUGCAACCACUAUCACUGAUGAAAUACCAGCAUUUGUGUCUCAUUAGUUGAAAAACGCGGAGGCUUUUUGAUAUUGGUAUUCUUUUUUGGCAAGAUGUCUGAACUUGAGAAGUGAUCAAGGUCAGUUUGUGUAGUAGUUAUUAAUGGUCAUUUACAUGUUCCUAGUUUAUAGAUUUUUAGGAUUAAAAUUCCGUUUUGUACUAGGUUUGAUGGAUCAGAUGAACAUGUACUUGUUCAAUCUGUGGGCUAAUCAAUGACUAUUUUUGUUCA